AUGGCUCGGGAGUUGUUUAGCAACAUCCAAUAUAUCAUCUGCCAGAGAGAAGAGCGGUUAGUCGUUCGCUGGGAGUUGGAAAGAGCGGACGCAAGCAGUGAGAGGCACGAGCGCCCUUGACACGCCAUUCCGAAAUAGAAACUUUGGGAAACUUUUGCCCGUCGCAACAACACUAAGAAAGGAGUCUUUUUGCCAGUGCCCGAAAUAAUGAGUUUCUGAAAACGCCCUUCUUCGCGGACCCUUUCUUCUUCUUCUUCCUUUCAAAAACAUUCGUUUCCGAUUAUGGAUUCGAGAUCAGUGUCCCCGGAUUCCGUCUUGCCCCGAAUUCAGAAGCAACAGCAGCAUCAUCCUCCUCCCCCACCGCCGCCGCCGCCGCUGCCGUCUCAAGACCAGACUCAAGUCCAGAUGGUUCCCAGCACGACUUCGCCCAUGGACCUCAGCUACCCGUUAACAGUCAGCAGCAGACAUAUCGCCGUCGAUAACAGCAGACAAAGCAGCGGAAACAGCGCCACUGCUGCCACCACCAUGAGCAGCAGCAGCAGCUGCAGCAGUCCCUCCUCUGUGCGGUGCCACGGCGAUGGCAACAACAACAACAACAACAACAACAGUCCAGCGGGGAACGCUUCGUCAGAAGCCCACCAGAGCAUCAGACCCUCCUCUCGAAACGCCGCUCUGUCGCCCGACAGCCGGGGACUGAGUAGCAUUCAGACGGCCCCUUCGGGGGGUGGUCCUCCUCCUCCUCCUUCGCUGUCCGUUUCCUCGCGCUCGCGGGAGCCGCCCCUGCACCUUCCUCCGACGUCAGAGACACAGGGCUUGAGGCACACGCCCUUCUCCGUCAUGGAUAUCCUCGAUCCCAAUAAAUUCACGGGGCGCGUCCAGGUUACGACGUCAGGAGAAGUUACGUCAUCCAUAGACGACUCUCAGCUCCACGCCGACACUUCUGCUCUUUGUGACUCCGAUUCUGAACUCAGCGUCGGAGGCGCGGGAGGAAGCGACGAAGGCUGCGACGGAAUGGGCGACAACGACGACCUGGGAGACAAGGACGACGACGACGACGUCGACGACGACGGCGUGGCCUCCAAGAAGCGGAAGUGCGAGGCUGGCGGAGGGAAGCCGCGGAGGGCGCGGACGGCCUUCACCUACGAGCAGCUGGUGGCCCUGGAGAACAAGUUCAAACACACCCGCUACCUGAGCGUGUGCGAGCGGCUGAACUUGGCUCUGGCGCUCAACCUGACGGAGACGCAGGUCAAGAUCUGGUUCCAGAAUCGCCGCACCAAGUGGAAGAAGCAGAACCCCGGAUGCGACGUGAACACCCCCACGCAGCCCCCCAGCCCCCCCGGUUUGUUGGCUUACCCUGGGGGCUUGCUGCAUCACCCGGGGCCUCCGCUUCUCUGCCCCGCCCCCUUGACGUACCUCGGGGCCCAAGGGGGGAAUUCCUCGCCUUUUCCCGCCCAGGGGGCGCUCACUGCCCUCUAUCUACACCAUCUGAAGAACUGACAUCCCGUUCACGAGUGAGGCAGCCGCGCCCCUCUGCGCCCACAAGCGACUCCAGAUGUUCAGUUCUCCCGAAGGAUCUUCUUCGCCAGGGGCGUCGUCGCCUCCCGACAUCCGCGGGGGGUGGGGGGCGGGAAGGGCGAGCCCUGGAAAAACCAAAGCUCACGUUUGUAUAUUCCAUUAUGACUGUUAUUUUUGUGUCUCGAAAAGUGUGUCACAGCUACUCUGGU